ACUUCCAGUAAUGGUGUACAGUUAGGGAAAAGCUUGUUCGUUUUUACUUGUGUGCAUUAAGUUGUGGUGCAACAUUAAAUUCAAAACAACACAGUGACAUUUGAGACGUACUCAUUUUGAGUGGUCUAUCUGACUUCUGUAAUUGGGAGGCCAGAAGGAAGAUUGUUAUGGUGACAUCCUCAAAUAAUUAUCUUAGCUGCUGAAAUGGGGGAGCCUCAUCCAUUUGGGGUACCCUUCCAGCAGCCAAACACAUCUGGAGCUGAUCCACAAAAUUCUUCAGCUUACCAAGAUUCAUCAGGUACUCCAAACCUGUUUGCUGCUACGGGUCUGAAAUCAGUGUUCGGUUCACCAGCUCCAAAUGGCCCAUCAAGUUUCUCCAAAAGCACCAUCUUUGGAGGAUCAGCAUUUGUAAAACCCUCAGAAAGUGCCUUUCCUACCUCAGAAAGGCAGAACAUAUUUGGUGGCACCUUCCAAACAAAUACAAAUAGCUCUCAGUCAUUACAGUUACCAAAGACAGAAGCUAGCACCAAUGUUUCCCAGCCAAGUUUUUUUGGUAAAACAUCCACAUUUGGUGAAGCGCCUUUCAAAUCUGAGGUGGUGCAAUCUGGUGUGUUUGAGGGUACAUUCGGUGUUUCUCAAACUCCCAAUGCAGUGGUAAAUCCUUUUUCCAAUGCAACUUCUCAGCCCAUCGAGGCAGCAAGCUCUUCCAAAGGAAGCAUAUUUGGUGGAGCUACCAGCAAGAAGGAAGACUCUAUUCAUCCUUCAGGUUUCUCGCUGUCAUCUCUGGGUGCUGAUGGUGGCUCUGACCAACCAAGGAAUGUUUUUAAAAGUACCCCUGCUAAAGUGCUCAGCUAUCCUGAAACAUCCUUUGGGAAACUCUCCUCUAGUGACAUUGUCUCCUCAUCUCUACCUCACAAUAUGGAACCCACUGAACAAUCAGAGAAAAGAGAAGGGUUCCUGUCAAAGACAAAUCAAAAACAUUUUAGAAACAUGGAACCAGACAGUAUUGGAGAAGAAAAUCAAAAUCAACCUAGUGGUCAAAGUCAUGACAGCUCUAGGUCUACUAAAAUCAAACGAACCGUUUUUGGAAAAGCCAUUGCUGAUGUUGCAAAGUCCUCUGACCGUAAGCAGCCAGUCGAAGAAUCAAGAUCUAUUAUUUGUCACCCAUUAAAUGGUGAUCUUCCUGAAGCUCAGGUUUUUAAGAGUCAUUUCAAUCAAUUUGGCCUAGCUCAUGUGACAACUAGUAAAAGCAAAGAGAAGCCCUAUUGUAUUGCAACAUAUAAGACACAUGAAGAGGCCGUAGCAGCAAUCAGGGGAAGCAAAGUUAUCAAUGGAGUUAAAUAUAAAACCUUUUGGAGAAAUUUAUCAAAAGCCAGGAGUAAAUCAACUGAGGAAGUGAAGUCACCAGAGCAGAAAAAGAAACCCUCUAGACGAUCUGAAAUGGAAAUAGAUUCUUCUGUACAGGAAGAAUUAGAGGCCAUUUCAGGGAUGGAUUCAUACCUCAUUCCUCGUGAUGCUUCCUUAAAGAGAAAAGCUGGGGUAGAGCUAGAUUCUCGCAGAAAAUCUCGACCCAAAACAGUUGGCCUUGACUUGGAAUUAGAAGGAAAAAGUGAAAUAAAUGAUUCUGGAAAAAGGUCCAGCAGUGCCUUCUCUGGAUCUGAAAUACGUAAAGAAUCAAGUAAGCCUCCAGCUCGAAAGGGAGCAAGAGGUGAUGAAAAGUUGCCCAUUCGAGCCAGGGUUGUACCAUCUUCAAAGAAAACGGAAGAGGUUGAUGAGAUGAACCAAGAUAAAACAGAAUCAAAUGUUCCUCAAUCAACUGCAGUGUCUACAGCCGCUAUGUCUGAAUUAUUAGAAAUUUUGAAGCAACAAGCAGUCUCAACAGAUGACAAAUUACGAGUUUUGGAUGCACGAGAUAAAUUAAUGAGGCUUAGACAAGUUAAGCAGUAUGACAUAUCAAAGGCUGUGAAAACUGUUGGAACAUGUCCGGACAUGUGCCCUGAAAAAGAACGCUUGCUGAGAGAAUCAAGAAGACAAAUAUCUCAGUAUGAGACACAUCCUUCAAAGCCCAAUGAAAUGGUACCUAGUUUAAUGGUGAAGCAGUAUUCACGAAGUUCUGCUGAUCAAGAAGAGCCUCUCCCACAUGAGCUACGUCCACCAUCUGUUUUAACUAUGACAAUGAAUUAUUUGAUGCACACCAUCAUGAAUCUAGGAGAUCAACCCGGUGAAAAUUUAGGGGAGUGGUAUCACUUCCUAUGGGAUAGACUUCGGGGAAUUCGAAAGGAAAUUACUCAGCAAGAGUUGUGUGACACAGAUGCAGUACGUCUUGUAGAGCAAUGUGCAAGAUUUCAUAUUCAUUGUGCUGCACGCUUAGUUGCCGAAGACCCAAGUGUCUUUGAUGAUCGUAUAAAUACUGAAAAUCUUACAAAAUGCUUACAAACAUUGAAGCAUAUGUACCAUGAUUUGUGGACAAACAAUAGUGUCACAUGUGAAAAUGAACCUGAAUUUGUCACUUAUUUUCUCCUGCUUAAUCUGAAUAACGGGACAAUUAUGUGGGAGAUGGAGCAACUUCGUGAAGAAGUCCUCAGAAGUCCUGAGAUUGGUUUUGUGGCUGCAAUGUACAACACCCUUUCCUCAAACAAUUAUGUCAGGUUCUUUCGUCUGGUGAGACGGGCGUCAUAUUUGAAUAGUUGCCUAUGUAUUCGUUAUUUUUAUCAAGUUCGAGCUAAUGCACUGCGCACCCACGUGAAAGCCCUUGCAAAAUUCAGACCAGUCCAGUAUCCUAUGGCGUCCCUUUAUGAAGACCUUGGCUUUGAAAAUGUUGAACAAGCAACUGCAUUUUGUAAACACUAUGGGCUCAUGGUUGAAAAUGAAUCCUUGGGUGCCACUGCUGUACUGUCUCCAGACACUUUAAAGAAUCCAACCUCUGUCUUAGCAUCAGUACGUGCUAUUCAAAUGGUGGAAACCAAGAAAGUCGGGAGUGUUGGUGAAGUUGUGAAUGGAGCAACACUUCCACCACGAUCAUUUGAGACUCAUAACGUCCAUCAUAGUUUUGAUAUGAAUGGAUAUUUGUAUGAACAUGCCUUGUAUGCUAAAGACCAAGGUGUGCCAGAUAUGGAAAUGAAAGCUGGUGAUAGAGAAAGCUCUCAGAUUCAAGAAAAUAGAAGCCAACCAACUGAAAGAGAGUCAUCUAAGAUUAUUCCACCUCUCUUAAGUGAAACUAAGACUUUGCCUCAAAACUUUGGAAGCUUAAAUAAUCCGAAGUUUUCUUUUACAUCAACAUUGUCUCAUCCUUCAUCAAAUACUGGAACUGGUUUCGGGAUAUCUCCAAGUCCAAUAUUCUCACCUGCUUUUACAAUGCCGCAGCAUGCCCAUGCAUCUUCUGAGUUACAGCAGAUUGGGAAAUUGAACACACCACCAGCAUCGAGCAGUGUAGUACCUCUCACACGCACAGUUUUCCAAAAAAGUUUUGUUGAUGACUCCAAUGCUAAGAUUGAGGCAGAGAAGAAAGCUCAAGAAUUGAUUGCAUCAAUUGACAAGCAUUCAGAAUCCUUGGUCGAUGAUAUUUUACUGUCAAGUGUACGGGAGGCUAUUACUGAAAUUGUUCAUUUAGAAUGGAAAUCCGCUGAAGAGGAGCAGCGACAAGCUGAAGAACAAAGGAGAGCUGAGGAACAGCUUCGAGCACAGGAGGAGCUGAGGAAAAGAAUUCUAGAUUCCCACAUAGAAAGAAUUUCCAAUGAUUCCCUUACAGAGAUUAUGCAUGAUGUUGUUACACAGUUAAUAUCUGAUACAGCGUUCGAAUCCUAUUCAUCUGAGGUGGAACUUGUUAGACAAAUCAUAUCUGUGUCUGACGAAUCCACAAGUGCUCUGAUCAAUCUUGUCACUGAAGAAAUGUGUGAUGAUAUAGCAUCAGAAGAACUCAAGAAGUUGCAAGAUGUGGCAAGAUUAGAGGCUGUGCAGUGCCGAGUGAAGAAAGUCUUUUAUCAUUGGUUGCAAAGGGCACGGCGGUCUCUUCACAGGAGGCGAGUGAUGGAAGAUUUUCCUGCCAGUGUUAUUCCAUUGAGCAUUAAAGAACAUGCUGAGCGGUGGGGAUUUCCAGAAAAUAUGCAGAUUUCUGCAUCAAAGCGAGAGGAAAAACUAAUUGACUUCUCAGAUAUAAGAACAAUAUCAGCACACCCUCAGACAACAUUCGCUGAACUUAUUGGAGUUCAAACGGUUCAUAGAUAUGAUGCUGUACGCUCCAAACUUGGAUUGCGGCCAACUGAUAAAGUACUUUACAAAUUGUUUGUGUCUUUGCCAGAAGAAUCUCUUGAUCCAGCAACUCAAAUGAUCGAUUGGUGGAUGCGCAGAGUAUUUAAACAGAAAUCAAGCAUGCUUGUAGAUGAAGUUAACAGGGGUGUUUAUCGUCUUGUGAGUGGUCUGAAAGUUACAUCUGAAAUUGCUGUAUAUGCCAGUUUGCAGACAGUUAAAGGGUGUUAUGCGCUCGAAAAGCAGUCCAGUUUAGUUUCUGGCACAAGUGCUGUCCUAUUUACUCUAUCACCUGCCAGUAACAUACAGGAGAGCAGAUCUCGUUUAAACAUCCUCUUCAAAUCUGCCAACAAGUUGCCACCUUUUCCGCUUGUGGUUGCUGUGGUAUGUGCUUCAGAACCACCUAUAGAUGGACUGAAGCAAUUGGUUCUCGAAUUGGAACUCGAUCAGUGGCUAGGCUCUGGAGUAAUUGCCGAUUAUCAAAUCUUGCAUGUUCAAGAACUAUCGGACAUUAAGUACCUCUCAGAUCGUUUCAACAUGGCCUUCAACUACAUGGUGAUGACAUGGACACCAAUUCCUGAAUUUUCUCUUGUGUGUUUAAAGAACGUUUUAAGAAGUACUUUUCAAAUGUUUUAUAUAUCUAUUCAAUUUAAUUAUAACAGUAGUGAGAUUUAUCCACGAGACAUUGAUAACCCAAAUGUUAUUAUUGGAUUGUGCAAUGAGUGGCUAAGUCACAUGUGUCAUGAGUUUGUAACAUCAUACAAUGAGGCCAAAGACUUAUGUGCAGAGGAAUUUUGGCCACUUCUUCAUAAGGGUGCUUUCCUUCCAUUUUUGAAUCAACCCAACUACAAUCAACUUUUGCAAGAGGUAAUUAAAGAUGUUUGCCUACCAACAAUCGAAUGGCCACCUUUGUCUGAAGAGGCAUAUGAUAAUGUGCUGACUGAGUAUUGCUCUUGGUUACGACCUGAUGAACACAAGCAAACUCUUAGGAGACUGUCAUGUUUGAAUGGCCUAGAAUGGACUCAAAAAGUAAAAUCCAUGCCUUGGGUCAACCUCAUUGAGGAUUGGAUGGAAGCUCGAAUCAAUUAUAUGGAAACAUCUGGGCCUGGAUGUGAAAUAUUGUGUUUGAUGAGAGCGCAAAAUGUAGAAAAUCUUUAUACAUAUCCAUGGUGGGCGCAAUCUAAAUACAUCAUAUCUUAUCUUGAAAUGAAUGGGUCUGGAAGAGAAUGUGAGAUGGAUGUUGAUCAGACUGUUCCAUCAGAUAACACUGUUGAAGAAGAAGAAAAAGAAGUUAGUUUGAUUAAAGAGCUGGAGACAAAUAGUGUUUCUUUAGGCUUUGGUCAGUUGGAAGAAGUUGCUGAUAGUGUUGAUGAAUUAAAAAGUGUAAAUGAGUCUCUUUUAAACCGUAUUAGAAAGGCACUUUCAGAUGAUCAGGAGAAUUAUCCUACUAACAGUCAAACUGAUGAAAUGAAGGACAUUGGAUAUGAUGAUUCAACCUCUCAAAGUAUUGUCACCACAGUGAACUCAGCUGGUUUAUCAAGUGCUCAAACUAUAGAUUUAGAUGAUGACUUUUCAAAUGUGUCAACUAACAAAUCUGUUUUUAUUACUCAAGAUGUUGACAUCUCAGAGACCCAAUCCACUUGCAAAAGCAGUAGCGAGGGAAAAACUUCUAGUUCUUCUAAAAGUAUGAGGGAAAUUAUGGCCUCUAUGAAUGAUAUUGUUUCUUCUCUCAACAAGAAGUAUCAAAUAUUGGGGACUAAAUCUAAUUUUGAGAACUUAUCUGAUUUGAGACUAGGUGUAGGAAAGAUUCCUGAGUCUGCUACUCUUCUUCCUUCUGACAAAAUUCUUUCCAGCCCUUUUGUUGAACAAAGUCAGAGACGUAUGCAGGAAAGAUUACAUGGAACACCAGUGGAAAAGAGCGGCAAUUCGUGUGGCAGUAGAGAACAUGAUAGCAGUGAUUCUGAUCUCGAAAUAGUUGCUGAUGGUGAUAGAAGUAAUUGUACUUUGGUGAGAACAGUUUCGUCACCUUCUAGUCGUGAAAGUGGUUCAUUAAGAAGUGAGAGUGACUCAGAGAGAGAGGAUUUCAGUGAUGAAAGAUCAUCAUAUCGCAGUAAUGACAACAGUCGCAAACAUCGGCGUCGUAGUUGUAGUGAGGAUUAUAGUUCUGAUGAUGGAUCUCAUCACUUUGAUAAGAAGCACACAAAUACCAUGAAUAAGAAGCAGCAAGUUGAUAGUGAUGAUGAAGAUCAUGUCAACCUCAAGAAACAGUACGAUAGUGAUGAGUCUAAUGGCGCUAGUAACCAUUCUUAUCAAAAUAGUGAAGAUUACAUAAGUGGGGAGGAAGAAAUAGAGGAAGAAGAAAAUGAAGAAGAGGAGGAAGAGGAGGUCCAGGCAAUAUCUUCAGACGAUUCAAGAGAGCAAGAGAAUACCAAUCAUCUGAUUGAUAAUUCUAAUUCAGAACCACCUUGUCUUCUUAGUAAAAACCCAUUUACUAUUACGGAUAAUAGCAGUGAUUUGAACCUACCAGCUGCUAGUUUUGCUGAAGAUUCUGCUCACAAUGGUCUGCAUACUGAGGAUGAUUACGGAUCAGAGAGAAAUCUUAUAAGUUUAGACAAUUUAAAUAAUCCUUAUGAGUACUAUGGACAAGAUGCAGGAGUUGAUCAUGAACCUCUUUACUCAGAGUGUUCGGAAGUUAGUGCUGUCCAACCUGCUGAUGUUUCAAGUGAGCUGGUGACGAUUAAUAGUGAUGUUGAACCUGUUGCCGAAGAGAGAGACCAUGUUUUUUUAUCAAGCUAUAAUCAAACCUGCAAUCCAAAUAUUAAUGAAGUGGAGGUUGGUGGGGAUGAAGGUGAAGUGAGCAACGAGUCGUUAGCUGACCACAGUGAAGGCACUCUCGUCUCCUCUUCUGAGGAUGGGGAGCAUGAUGACGAUCAUGAUAACUCAACUAUUGAACAUGGUGAUGAUGAAGAAGAAGAAUAUGGCGGCGAAGAAGAGGAAGAAGCUUUAGGUGAAGAAGAGGAAGAACCUUUAGGUGAAGAAGAAGAAGAACCUUUAGGUGAAGAAGAGGAAGAACCUGUUGGUGAAGAGGAGGGAGAAGAGGAAGCUGAAGAAAAUGAAGUUGAAUCAGAUGGUGAAAGUGUACCUGAUGAGGACAGUGAUAUAUGUGAGGUAAUUGAUGAUGAUGACUGAAACAUCUAACUGUUAACAAGAUAUUUUCUUCCAAGUAUUUAUUUUUAAUCAUUGCUUUGACCAAACAUUUGUCAAAAAUUUUAUGUCUAAUUAUUUCUCUUUUAUAUUAUGAAGUAGACAUUACAAUUAUAUUUUUUUCUUCUUAAUUUUCCUUUGCCCUUUAUUUCUAUAUGUUAGUUGCAUUUAAAUCAUUUCAAUGUUAAGCUGUCUAAGUAAACCUUUUUGAGUCAUGUAUAUUGAAGAAUUCAAAGUAGGAAAUAUUAUUAGCUGCUUACAUACUCAACUGCUGAAAUUGUUGCAGUUUUUGUUAAAAAGAUCUGGGGGUGCUCAGCAGCUCUGGCUCAGUAUGCUUAGGCUCCUAAUAAUCAUUUGAAGCAUUGACGAGAGCCAGUGAAAGUCUUUUUUGUUUUGUUUUCUUAUCAUCUUAUGGAUUGUCUGUGAUGUUUUUUUAAAAAACUAUUUUUGUAUUAAACAACUUGUACUACAAUAUUUUUUUCAUUGACUGACUCUUUGACUUUUCUUGUGUGGAAGUCUAGUUUUAAUAAAGCUUUUACAUAAGAUA